GACAUAUUUUAAACACAAAAUUAAUAAUUUGCUUUAGCAAGCUCGAUGCUUAAAUUUAUUAGCGCGCAAUACUCGACGUUAACAACGGAAUGGCAAGUGUGUUGAGCAGCUGUGUUUUGCAGUGUUGGUCAGUGCUGCGCAAAAUGUUGGAGCUGCUGCAAAUCGGUGGUAAAUUAACGCACACGCUCAGCAUUUAUGUAAAAACAAACACAGGCCGCACACUGUCUGUUAAUUUGGAGCCACAGUGGGAUAUAAAAAACGUUAAGGAACUGGUUGCGCCACAGCUAGGCCUGCAGCCGGAAGAAGUAAAGAUAAUAUUUGCAGGCAAAGAGUUAAGCGAUGCCACAACCAUUGAACAAUGUGAUCUGGGGCAGCAGAGUGUGCUGCAUGCCAUACGCCUUAGACCGCCGUUGCAGCCAGCCAGCACGCUGCUGGAGGAGGAGCCGCCUGCUGAGGAACCUUCCAAGCCGAUGAAUGAAACGCUGCUUGAUCUACAGCUAGAAAACGCAGAGCGUCUCAACAUCAGCGAUGAGGAGCGUGUACGCGCCAAGGCACACUUCUUUGUCCACUGUGGCCAGUGCAGUAAGCUCUGCAAUGGCAAAUUGCGUGUAAGAUGUGCUCUGUGCAAAGGCGGUGCCUUUACUGUGCAUCGUGAUCCUGAAUGCUGGGAUGAUGUGCUGAAGCCGCGACGCAUACGCGGUCAUUGCGAGAGUCUAGAGAUUGCCUGCGUGGACAAUGAAGCUGGUGAUUUACCCUUUGUAGAGUUUUAUUUCAAGUGUGCGGAGCACGUUUCGGGCGGCGAAAAGGAUUUUGCAGCGCCCUUGAACUUGAUUAAGAAUAACAUUAAGGAUGUGCCUUGCCUGGCCUGCACAGAUGUCAGUGAAACUGUGCUUGUUUUCCCAUGCGCCUCGCAGCACGUCACAUGCCUGGAUUGCUUUAGAGAUUAUUGCCGCUCACGUCUUAGCGAACGCCAGUUUAUGCCGCAUCCAGACUUUGGCUAUACACUGCCCUGUCCUGCGGGCUGUGAACAUUCUUUUAUUGAGGAAAUACAUCACUUCAAGCUGCUGUCACGUGAGGAAUACGAACGUUAUCAACGUUUCGCUACAGAGGAGUAUGUGCUGCAGGCAGGCGGCGUGUUGUGUCCUCAGCCAGGCUGUGGCAUGGGUCUGCUUGUGGAACCAGAUUGUCGUAAGGUAACCUGUCAGAAUGGCUGUGGUUAUGUAUUUUGUCGCAGUUGCCUACAAGGCUAUCACAUUGGCGAAUGUCUGCCCGAGGGUGCUGGCGAGGGUGCUCCAAACUCGUGUGAAUACACGGUCGAUCCAAGCCGCGCGGCGGAGGCACGCUGGGACGAGGCCAGCAAUGUAACCAUCAAAGUUAGCACCAAGCCCUGUCCCAAAUGCCGCACGCCCACUGAGCGAGAUGGUGGCUGCAUGCACAUGGUUUGCACACGCGCUGGCUGUGGCUUCGAGUGGUGUUGGGUCUGUCAGACGGAGUGGACGCGUGACUGCAUGGGUGCUCAUUGGUUUGGCUGAGCUGAACUAAAUUUUAAAACUGUUAUUUUGGUUGACUAUUUUAUAAACGAUUUGACUGCAGCAAAGACUAAACGUAAAGCAAAAAUUGCUUAAAAUGCAUUGUA